AUGAAGUUUGUAGACAAGCUCGAGCAAUAUGAGGAAUCUCGCUGGAGUGGGAAAUACAUAGAAUAUAGAUAUUUAAACUGUUUAUUGAGUAGACGAUAUUUUGAAUAUAUAAGUAGUGAAAGACGGGCUUCUUUUCUUUUCCCAGAGGGCAUUACUCAAACAAAGAAAGCUGAUAAAGUUUUAUAUAGUAUUUUACAGCAGGAUAUAAGGGAUUCAUUGUUAAGCAAAUUAGAGACAUUUCAUUAUCGUCUGCAACUGAAUAUAAAAACAACUACACAACAUUUUGUUCAGGUUAAGUAUGAUAUAGAGAGCCAUUUAGAUAUUAUAUUUGCUAUGUUAAGUAAUGAGUACUCCCCGAGAAAUGUUAUACAAUAUAUACCAGCUGUUAUACUGAAUAUAUGGAGGACAUUGGAUGAAUUGCAAGAAUAUAUUGCACUGAAUAAUAUGGCAGUUUACAAACUAUGUAAUAAGAGGGAUGAAUUAUUCGCUAAUUAUAUUGACAUUUUACCAAAUAAAGAUAUCUUUCUAGAAUGUUUUGCUGAUAUGAAGAUUGAUGAAAAUAUAAGGGAUAAUAUAAUAAAAUUUUAUGCAAAGUCACGUGAAAUGAGUACAGAACUUUUCAAUCCAAAGUCUGAUGUGAAGUUCUCAGAUAUAGAAUCUGUAUCUGCUAAUGGAACAAGUGUGAUUGACUAUAGUCCAAAAUUAUCACCUAAAUAUGCAAUGUUUGAACUGGAAGCACAGGUAGAACAUACGAGAAGAACGAAAAAAUUGCUUAAUAGGCCUUUAAUUAAUUCUGAUUUCCUUAUGUUCUUUAUGCUUGGUAUUUGUUCUGUGCUAUUGAUGAAUUUGUUUAUUAUAUGCAAAUUACCAGCCACUAAUAAAAAUUAUAGUAUAGAUGGAGUUUUAGCUGUAUUCCCCUUAUUUCGUUUAGUUCUGAUGGUUAUUCUUGUAAUAUGGGGGGCAGGUUUAUCUAUUAGUAUAAUGGAUUAUUAUGGUAUUAAUUAUAAAUAUAUGAUUGAGAUGGACCCUAAAUGUAGUGUUACUUCAAUGACAUUAUUUACUUUUGCAACUCUACAAACUAUUAUUUGGCUUGUAAUGUUCUCGAUAUUUCUUAUAGAUUAUAAAUUAGAGAUAUCAGUGUUCAAGUACCUUAACUCUACAAGUCAUCUACUCUGGCUCUAUCCAAUAAUACUGAUGCUUAUUGAAACAUCUCUUCUUUUUAUUCCAAGCAACGACUUUUUGUUUGAAUAUCGCAAAUCAAUAUUCAAGUCUAUAGUGGAAGUAUUUAGUCACGGUAUUGUACCUAAAAUAUGUAUUGUGACUUUACGAGCUAAUAUAGUAGGGGAUAUACUUACUACAUUAUCAAAACCAUUUGGUGACAUUGAAUAUACUCUUGCAUUUUUGUUUUUUAUUAUUAAGACUAGGGGAGAUAUUUUCCCAAGUUCUAUAUUUUUAUUCUUAUCAAAAUAUCGUUGGAUGCAAACAUUUGCUUUAGCUCUACCUUAUGAAAUACGUUUUUGCCAAUGUGGAAUGAGAUAUCUUACAGAUCACUCUCCUAAGAGAAAAAACCACCUGUAUAAUAUGGGCAAAUAUACUGCAGGCCUGCUUAUUGCAAUUAUUUCUACAGUUCCAUGGCAUAACAUUACAAACAUAUCCCCUUUUAUCAUAAGAUUAUUGUGGUUUACAUCCUAUAUUGUUGGGACUAUUUAUAUGUUUUCUUGGGAUAUAUAUAUGGACUGGGGAUUAAUGCCAGAUCAUACAUCAUUUGUUAGACCUAAAGGAAUGUACCCUAAUUGGUACUAUUACAGUGUAGCUUUUUAUAAUUUAAUUGGAAGACUUACUUGGGCAAUUACUCUCAUACCAAUUACUAUUAUUGAUGAUAUUAAAAUUAAUGCAACAAUCAUUAAUUUAUGUGUAUCAAUUAUUGAAAUUCUCAGGAGAUCACUGUGGUGUACAAUUAGACUUGAAUGGGAACAAGUCCACUUAAAUCCUAAACAACCUGCAGCUUUAUGGGUUACAAACAACAAUUACAAAGCUCUUUGA